AUGUCUAAGUCUACGGAAAAUCAGGAUAUAAAUGAAGCCUUUGACAAUUUGUUACUUGGGGAGGAAAUAGCUGAGAGAUCAGGCUACGAAGAAGGUUUUAAACUUGGUCAGGCUCAACCUCACGAAGGAUAUCAUCUUGGUUAUCAUAGAGCAAGUUUACUCGCAGCACAGCUUGGAUUCUAUAGUGGAGUUUUGGAGUACUAUUUGAAAACGGAGUCUCUGAGUGAAAAAGCUACUAAGCUUGCAGAGAAACUCAGAAAAGAUAUUGAGAGCUUUCCGAUAAUCAAUGAUGACAGUGUAGACAUUUUAAAAACAUUAGACGACAUAAAAUUUGGAUAUACCAAAUUUUGCUCAUUGGCCAAAAUUAAUCCCUUGUAUCCUGAAGCUGAUCAGCUUGAUUUUUAA